AUGGACCGAUCCUCACCACAGGAGAGAGAGCUGCUGGACAAGCUCGAGGGGCAAAACUUGACCCUGGGCAUGGACGGCUACGAACGACCCCGCGCCAUCAAAUACAAGGAUUUGUAUGCCUUCUUCCGACCCGUUAUCGACGGGGACGCUUCCAGUGCCUUCUCUUCCUCAUCUGAAAUAUCUCUUCAAGGGGAGUGGGACAGGGACACGAACUGCGAAGCAGAUUGUUGGCUCAAGGCCAAAGAAGUCAAGGCCUUCCUCGCAAAGGACUCACUCGCAAGGCCCCGUUCGGAACCCUUGCAUGAGGCUGCAUCCGGAGCAGAAGCAGCUGCGAAGCUGUACACGCCACUGAGUCCUGGGUGGAUUCGGGUUGUCGUGCUCGAUCCAGGAGAGGGGGACACGCCACUGCAGUGCACUCUUUUACCCGAAUUACUAUUUGAUCCAUCCCGAGGCAAAAGAAGGCCUGGUGAUGUGAGAGAUGCACGGUUGAUCAAAUGGACUCACUACGAAGCCGUCUCGUACCACUGGGGAUCGCCUAUCCUCUCGCGCAUAGUUCUCUGUCGCGAGGCUAGACUUUCGGAAACAGGCGAGGCUUACGAAACUCCCGAAGUGGCCAUGCCCGUCACGGCCAGUCUGUUCGAGGCGCUACGAUGCCUCAGACUAAAGGACAGACCCCGUCUACUCUGGAUCGAUGGCCUGUGUAUCAACCAGUACGACACCGCAGAGAAGAAUCGCCAAGUCAAGAAAAUGUUCGAGAUUUACAGAUUGUCUCGAAGAGUCGUCGUCCAUUUAGGGGCGACCACGAAAGGCACACAUUUAGGAAUGGUGUUCCUAGAUUAUGUGAACAGCGAGGAAAUCCGCGAGCUGACACUCCAUCGGGUUCAUGAGCCUGAGUGUAUCGAAACGCUACGUGUCGUGUACGCAGGUCUCCAUGAGCUUCUUUGUCGGCCUUGGUUUGAGAGAUCUUGGAUAAGACAAGAGAUUAUCGGCACUAGAGGCUCCAUUGUCUGCUGUGGCACCAAGACCAUCAGAUGGACCUCCUUCAAGCGAGGAUAUAGAAGGCUGCGGUCACUCGAGGCAAUUCUGGAAAGCCACCUUGGGGCUGACUUCAAAAAGCCUGCGCUCCUGCAACCCCGAAUACGGAUCUUGAAGGGGCUGAAGAGGAGCUGGUCGGCUGGCGAGCCCAUGAUGCACGCAAUGGUGCCAUCACACAGCAUCUACAGCAGCAUAGCCGGUGGAAUACUUGAACUGCUUGUCGUAAGCAAAUUUUCGGAGGCGUCUGAUCCCAGAGACAAAGUUUACUCGCUUCUUGGGUUGGCACGCCCAAUAAGACGAGCAGAAGGGACAUCGCAUGGCCCAGAACGAGACUCGUCGGGAUCCAGCACAACGCCGGCGCUGGAUCUACUCUCCUUUGAGGUCGACUACUCCAAGAGCCUUACCGCAGUUUAUCAGUAUCUAGUAAAGUUUGUCAUCAACGGCACAAAAACCUUGGACAUCCUCGCCCUGAUCAGGAGGCCCUACGAGCAACCACGCCCGUAUCAGUUCGCAUCUUGGGUUCCCGACUGGCAGUCUUGCACACCGAACAGCAUAGUCAGUAUUACAGAUUCCUUGGUGCUCAUUCACCAGCGUCUACCGGCAGAUUUCCUCACGUCACAGCAGUCCUACGAAGAAGACGACAUCCUCCGCAUUUCUGGGUGGCACGUUGCGAGCGUGAUGUUGCUGACUGGCUACACCGCGUCCUUUGAAGAAAUGAACAGAAUAGACAGAGACUUGCCCCACGACUUUAACCUCGAGGAAAUUCACCGGGUUCUCGACGAAAUGAGCUUUCAAGAUUGGUCCCCGACGGAUACUUGGCGCUGCUGUCUUCUCGAUCCUGGACGCAUCGCGCUUGUCCCUUCUGCGGCUGAUGUAGGGGAUUCUGUCUUUAUAGUCAAGGGAUCCCGGUUUCCACUUCUCAUGAGGCCGGUAUAUGGGUUCUAUGACCAGAAAGGAGCUACAGCAUCUGAAAUUAGAUGGGAAUACGUGGGAGUUUGUCUCAUGUGGCGCUUCUCCAUGGCGGGUGCCGUUGAAACCUCGGAGUUGUUUUCCACUGCAUCCCCGAUGGAACUGGUAGUCGUUUAA